AAUGAAUAAUAAUGAAGCAAAACCAUAAACACAUUAGGCUAAAGCAAGAUUAAAGGCUGCUAGAUCUAUUUUUGAAUUAGCUGACACUAAUAAAGAUGGUUUCAUUACUUUUGAUGAAGUAUUAUUAAAUUUAUUAUAAAGGUACCAAAAUUGUUAAUUGAAACAAAUAAGUUGAUUUCAGAAGAGAAAUAUGUGCCUACUAACGAGGAAAUAGAAAGUUGGAUUAAAAUGACAGAUUUAAAUAAGGAUAAGAAGGUUAGUAUACAUGAAUUUGAAGUUUUAAUAUUAAAAGCCCUUCAAGCUUAAGGAAUUGAUUUAGAUGGAUGA